GUGUGUGUGUAUUAGAGUGUUUGGUGUGUGUAUAUAUGUAUAUGAAUGCACAUCUGAGUAGGUUUAAAUGUAGCUAGGCCCUGUGUGUGUGAAGCUUGGGGAAGCCCUGAGCCUUGGCUCCCUUGCACAUACUGCUUGCUCCCACACUGCUUUCCCACAAGGGACUGUCACCGUGCCACAUAAGUCAGGACAACACCAGCUAGGCACACGUUAUCCCAGAGGGUCCUGAACUAAGGACCGUUCUGGGAGCAGCCAGACAUUAGCCAUACACACAAAGCUCCUUUGCCCUUGAUAAUCAUAUGGCUGAGUGGGAGCGGUCUCAGCUAGCUUUGCCGACUGCCCGUCUAUAGAGACCCAUGAAACCCAUACUUUGUUUGGUAUUCUGCCCUCACCUGAAAACAAGGGGACCCCAAAAGGAGGUCUUCAUUUGGGUUUCCAUUGAUCUAUUCAAACAAGGAGUGAUGGGCUGGGGUGAGGUGAACUUCAAUAAGUGGAGGGGCCCAGAGUCCAGAUUAAGAAUGGGGAAAAUAUCAGGGCUGGAUAAGGACAGACUCUCAAGGUGGAGGGUCAUAUUGGUGUCAGAGAAAGGACCACAGCAGAAUCAGGGUCUUGUUAGAGACAGCCUAGCACAUUUUAAAGCAGACAUCCCACCAAGCCCAUCCUUCUGCUUUAAGGUCCCAGAUGCCCUCCCUGUCCAAGAAAUCUGCAUAACACAGUCAGUUCCCAGGAAACCAGCCUCUCUCAAAGCUCUAGGUUGUAUCCACUGGUCCUGCUAGAGGAGACUCCAGCUCUGUUCCUGGGUCUGACUCAGACUAUGCACCGCCACGUGGACCCUGAGGCCCUGCAGAAGAUGACCAAAUGUGCCGCACAGGACUACACCUAUAAGAGUUCCAUAUCAGGUCACCCUUAUUUGCCUGAGAAAUACUGGCUCUCUCCAGAUGAAGAGGACAAAUGCUGUCCGAGCUACCUGGACAAUGACCGGUACAACACGUGGAAGACGAGUCCUUGCAGCAACUACUGGAACAAGUAUACCGGCUGUCUUCCUCGACUGUCCAAGGACACCGGGAUGGAGUCAGUUCGAGGAAUGCCGUUGGAAUAUCCUCCUAAGCAGGAGCGCCUCAACGCCUACGAGCGCGAGGUAGUGGUGAACAUGCUGAACUCGCUGUCUCGGAACCGGACUCUGCCGCAGAUUGUACCCCGCUGUGGGUGCGUGGACCCUCUCCCGGGCCGAUUGCCAUACCAAGGAUAUGAAAGCCCUUGCUCCGGCCGCCACUACUGUCUGCGCGGGAUGGACUACUGCACCACCCGGGAGCCUAGCACAGAACGCCGCCUGCGGCCUUUGUGCUCGCAGCAGCCGACUGUAAGGAGUGUGUCGCCCUUCGGUCACCGGCCAGGAAUGCAAUGUGCUGUUACAACUCCCCCGCCAUCAUUUUACCCGUAUCCCAACCUUAGAUGGGACACAAGUCACUUCAAGAAGACUGGUGGUUCCCAGAGAAACAACUAUGUAGUCCAUCCUGAGUUUGUGUCUGAGACCUGUCCUGUCUACCCUUCCUAGUAAAGCUUUGACCAGGCCAAGGGAGGAAGUGGCUCAAUAAACUCUUCACCACAAAGACUGC